AUGUUCACCUCGAGUAUUAUCAGCGCGGGUCUUUCUGUCCUGUCCAAGUUAUCCGCCUACUUUCGAUGUUCCGCUGAUGAAGGCGGCCUUCUCCUGCAGCUUGCAGGGGGUCUUAUGGUCGCCUGUCCGAGGCCGGGGCAACUAGCCAACGUCACUGCGUGCCUGACCGGUCCCGGGUUGACUGUGCAUGGACGACUUGUCUGCCCGGACUGUCGGACCUAUUGUGAGGGUAUUCUCGUCCAGUUGGGUUGA